CCGCCGUCACCAAAAUUUCCUUUUCCUCAACCUCAACCCUCAACUCAAAUCCUUGAGGUUUCCUUAACUGAGAUUUUCCUCAAUUCGCCGUCACCAAACAGUCUGAGGAGUACCUCAGUUGAGGCUGAAAAUUCACACUCAACUCAGUUGAGAAAGUACACGAUUAAUUUCGGGUGAUUUCGCGGAAUAUUUUAUGUAAUGAUUUUACGUAAUAAAAUUUCUCUCGUCUGCAUUUGUGUUUUGUAAACAUGGCUGAAAAAGAUAUUUUAAGUUUGAUUUCGAGUGCAAAGAGGAAGCGGGGGGCUAACUGGUCCACUGAGGAGGAGAUCGUGUUGAUCGAGGAAGUUUUGAAGAACGAAGAGAAGUUAUUUGGAAAAAUGAAAGGGGCGGGGAUGAAGGGGAAACAUGUAAAACUGAAAGAAGAGACAUGGCAGUCUAUAACAGACACAUUGAAUUCGCAAUUUAGAAAUGAAAGAACCUCAGAAUCAAUUUCUAAAAAGUACGACAACGUAAAACAGAGAGCCAAGGAUAAGAUUGACGGAAUACGCCGUCCCAAGACAGGGGGAGGUCCACCAAUGCCACCACUGACCCAAGCUGAGGAGGUCCUCUAUCAAGCUAUGGACUCUAGACCCAACAUUGUAGGCGUGAUUGGUUGGGUUAUAAAUGAUAAAUAGAGCCUAGAAUACAAAUAUUACACCCCUACUAUGUAAUAUUUAGAAUCGAAUAAUUUACGCACGACCCCUUAGCACGAGUUAUCCUCCCUGAAUUUUGAAAAGAAAGUAGAAAAGAAAACAGAACGACUGACAACAUACCGGCUAUUUUGAUGAACUCUUGCUUAGUUUUUCGUGCUUGUGCGUCUCUGGGAAAUACAAUGAAUUGUUGUCGAACUCUAAGGAUGGCAUCCGUGACCGAUCUACAGCAUCUACCGACGGUGGACUCGGAAACAUUGAUACUAUCACCUAUAAGUUUGUGGUAUGCGCCUGUCGCAAAGAACCUGAGGCAUACAAACAGCUGCAAGAGCGGAGGUAAGGCAUUGUUUUUUGUGCUGUCUAUCAAAGCCCCGCCUAUCAAGUCCAGUAGAUACACGACUGAUGCCUGCCGAAAUCUAUACCGCUCGAAAAGCUCAUCGUCCGUGUAGGCUUCUAAAGGGUUCAGUCGGUCCCGAAUAACCCUUUUUGAUGGUCGAUUCCGAUAUCUCAGAAACCUACGUCGUCUGCGACGUCUACCUGCCAUAUUGAAUAUGCUUGAGGAAAAUUUUAAGGUUGCUAUGAAGCUAACCUUAAAUAUUUGAGGAUUUCCUCAAGAUUAUCACUUGAGGAAACCUCAAAUUUAUGUGGUGACGGUGACUUGAGUGUGAAGUUAAGUAUUUGAGGGAAAACCUCAGAGUUGAGGCUGAGGAAUGAGUUGAGUGA